AUGCCGCUCAAAGUAAAAGGCCAUUUGUAUAAGACCGCCAUAAGACCAGCUGUUUUGUAUGGGUCAGAAUGUUGGGCAACCAACAAGCAGCAUCUUGAUAAGCUACACGUUACAGAAAUGCGCAUGCUACGCUGGUCAGCGGGAGUCACGCUACUGGAUAAACUCCGUAACCAGUAUAUCCGAGGAAGUUUUAAGAUCGCACCCAUUGUUGAAAAGCUUAAGGAGAAAUGCUUAAGAUGGUAUGGUCACAUCCAAAGGCGUUCAGAUGACCAUAUGGUGAAGCUUGCCCUAAAACUGCCAACCGCCAAACGCAACUCAGGCAGACCACCUACCACCUGGUGGACGACGGUUGAAAAAGACCUAAAAGAAGCUCAUUUAAAUAAAGACAUAGCACAAGACCGUGCUAGAUGGAAAUUGAGGACAAGGAAGGCCGACCCCAAGUAA